AUGUCAGGCGAACGAUCGACUGGAGGCGGCAAGCAUGUCAGGCGAACGAUCGACUGGAGGCGGCAAGCACGCCAGGCGAACGAUCGACGGAGGUGGCAAGCACGUCAGGCGAACGAUCGACGGAGGCGGCAAGCACGCCAGGCGAACGAUCGACUGGAGGUGGCAAGCACGCCAGGCGAACGAUCGACGGAGGUGGCAAGCACGCCAGGCGAACGAUCGACGGAGGUGGCAAGCACGCCAGGCGAACGAUCGACGGAGGUGGCAAGCACGCCAGGCGAACGAUCGACGGAGGUGGCAAGCACGCCAGGCGAACGAUCGACGGAGGUGGCAAGCACGCCAGGCGAACGAUCGACGGAGGUGGCAAGCACGCCUGGCGAACGAUCGACUGGAGGUGGCAAGCACGCCAGGCGAAUGAUCGACGGAGGUGGCAAGCACGCCAGGCGAACGAUCGACGGAGGUGGCAAGCACGCCUGGCGAACGAUCGACUGGAGGUGGCAAGCACGCCAGGCGAACGAUCGACGGAGGUGGCAAGCACGCCAGGCGAACGAUCGACGGAGGUGGCAAGCACGCCUGGCGAACGAUCGAUUGGAGGCGGCAAGCACGCCAGGCGAACGAUCGACGGAGGCGGCAAGCACGCCAGGCGAACGAUCGACUGGAGGCGGCAAGCACGCCAGGCGAACGAUCGACGGAGGCGGCAAGCACGCCAGGCGAACGGUCGACGGAGGCGGCAAGCACGCCAGGCGACAGGGUUGCCAAGCGCACACCGUGACGACCUUGCCCAGCGCGGCGCGCCCGAGGUGGAUCCGGGUGGAGUGA